AUGUUCGGACAUUCGCUGUUUACCGCGCGUAUCCGGCACGAGGUUGUGGUUGACGUGGACGACCGACCGCUUUGCGUAGAAAUCUGUGAUACUGCUGGACAGGACUCAAUGUCCGAGCUCCGGGAGCUCUGUUACCCUGGAACUGAUGUGCUGAUGCUGUGCUUCUCCGUGGUGAGGCCGGAGACCUUCAGGUCUGUCGCCGAGAGGUGGACCAAAGCUGUGGCCAAUGUGAACGCGCCGCUCAUUCUUGUAGGCACACAGAGUGACCUCGCGCAAGAUCCUAGAGUUCUACAGACUUUAAGGAGUCGAGGCGAGCACGUGGUUACAGAACUCGAGGCGAAGGCAUUAGCAGCUAAGAUCGACGCAGUCUACAUAGAAACAUCAGCUAAAACAAGAAAACAGUUGAAAGACGCUUUCGAUGCCGCCAUUUUGGCAGGCCUGCCAAUAAGACACGGCAAAAAACCUUUUUGGAAGAAACUAUUCUGUUUAAGUUAAAAUAUUUUAGAUAAAAAUGGACUAUUUUGUGAAUGCCUAUUUGGAAAUUGUUGUGUACAGUUGUACUGUAUAGAAAUUGUUGGAAAAAGUGACGGACCAGUUUAAAACUUCGUUGUCUUUUGUAGAUAGAUAAUUAAAAAUCAUUUAUUGGAUACUAGCAAGCUUUAAAUGUUCUGUCUGUGUUAUCACUGUUAGAAAUUUUCACUGCGAAAGAAAAAUUUUAAGCUUUACUAUUUUUUCGACUUGUGUUCCUGUUCGGAGUGCCUUUAGAAAUGUAUUAGCAUUCGCACAUCGAAGUUUGUUGCUAUUAAGAAAGUGCCAGGCGCCUAUAUUUAAAUUCUGUAAGAAUAAUUA